ACAAAUGCGUCACCGCUGCAGGCUUUCCAUCACGCCAUCGACUUCGUCUUCACCGUUCGCGGACUCGCAAACCUUAAACUAGGAUCAAACACGUAAUGAUCUUGCUUUGCACUUCUUGUUUACUUACCUGCCAUGGCCGGGACGCCGUUGACGCUCCCUUCAGGACAUCAUCGAGCCAAGACCGACCGAUCUUCCGUCGGCAGGAACAACAGUAGUCGCGGGCGUCUUCCCAAUCAUGCCCGAGCCCGAUAGUGAAUCACCGCAGUCGCCGUCACCGCUUCGAUCGGCCGACUAGGCCGCCUUUCGAACGAUGCAUUCGUACAGUGUGAUCGUCUGCCACGACAAACUACUCUCGUCGACGGUCGCGGCCGUCGUGGGCAUCGCAGCGGCAUGCGUCUUGUGGCUGGGUUGCCUGUCGGGGAUCACAGUACUGGCGUCCUUCGCGUGCGGUGGUAUAUGGAUGCGACUUCUCAAGCACGGUCGCGUCGAAGUCCCGGACCUGUGGGGACGCCGGUCGUCGCGACGGAAGGGGUCGGCGCGCCGCCGGCCGACGACGCACGACGACGAGUACGCUCUCUUCCCGUGGCGUAACCUCAAGAUCCCGGAAGAGGUGGACCGGGCGCUCGAGACGCUGCUGGACGGCGUGCUUCGAGAGUACGUCCACGUCUGGUACGGGCAGCUCAGCAAAGACGAGCUGUUCGUGCACGAACUUCGGGUUGUGCUGCGUCAUCUCCUGGCGGCGCUUUACCGCCGCGUCGCAGCCGUAGACCUGGUCGGAUUUAUCACCGGACCUGUGACGCGGGCUUCGAUGUCUCACCUCGACUGGUAUCUCCGGUCCCGGUCCGUGGUUUCGGACGUGGGCGACCAGGGCCGAUUCCUCCUGGGCUGCCUAGGUAGCCAGAUGCAUGUGGCCGUAGGGAGCCGCGAAGCGGAACUCCAAUACCUGCGCCUCCUCACCGAAGCACUCCUGGAGCGUCUUCUGCCAGACCGAUACCUCAAAUGCAAGAGCGCUUGCACGCUGCUGCGUGAGCUGAUCGGAGGCACGCUCUUGCUCAAGGCCAUGGACCUAAUCGCCGAGCCGGACAUCGUGAACCAUCUACUGCUGCUCUUCCUUGACAAGACACCCAUGGCGUACCUCCCGCUGGACUCGAGUCCUCCGGUCGAGUUCUUGGAGCACUUCGAGGCAGCCACGGCGCCGCCGAGGCCGCCGCCUCGAGACCUCCGACCUCGUGACCUCCAGGCGCUGCUAGACGACGAUGACGACCGCCUUCGUGGUCCUUUUGUCCAGUUCCUCAGGGAGGAAGGGGCAGGUCAUCUGCUCGAUUUCUAUUAUGCGUUGGAGGACUUCCAUAUGCUAAUCCUCAAUCCGGAUCUUGGUCGCAAUGACCGGCAAGUGCUCCACGAUCAGGCGAGGGCCAUCUUCGACGAGUUCAUGUGCGAGGAUGCGCCUCACAGGGUGCCCCUCAUCCCUGGUACGUCGGCUGAGGUGGGUGCGGUCCUGGCGAAGGGCCCUGAGGAGAUCGUGGAACUGCAGACUUCGAGGCAGCUCUACAGAGCACAUGACAACGUCUAUUCCAUCCUGGAUGAGGUCUUCUUCCCGCUCUUUUUCGAGAGUGACAAGUACUUCGAGGUGGUGUGCAAGGCACGGACGCUGGCCAGAGCGCGGAAGGCCCAAGACCGAUCUGCGGGGACCAAGUCUUCGACCAGGGCGAAGCUGAAGAAAUUCCGAGAUGUGCUGUGGGCCCCCACGGAUGACGGGCAGGACGAGCUGGGACCCACAGAAGUCGGAGAGCCCGCCGAAGAGCCCGUUCAGCGUCCGGUGCUGCCCGAUGCUCGACUUCGGGACCUGAGCGCCUGGAGGGUCUCAAUCCCUGACGUGGAGAUGCGAGUGGACAUGCAGCAUCGUCACUACCUGGCCUUCAUCGUGGAAGUGCAGCGCAUCGACGUCGGCGACGGAGACAGCCCCGACGACUUGCACUGGACGGUGGCUCGACGAUACCACGAGUUUUACGCACUAGAAUCCAAGCUUUUGGAGUUUCACGGUGAACUUCCAGUGUCCCCGCUCCCACCGCGGCGUUCGCCGUCGCGGCAGCAACAGCCGCCCUAUCGCAAUGCUUUGGAGAAGUACCUGAGAGAUCUGCUGACGGUUCCUCGGCUGCGCAGCUCGGAGCUGCUCUACAGUUUCCUCCGUCAUGACGCCGAAGAGUUCACGUCCAGCUUCCUGCCAGACAUCAAGUUGGGGAAGAUGAUCCGCACGGUCCCGAUGCGACUACUGAAAGAGAAGGGGCAGCACCUCGACCCCUUUUUGCAGACGUUCCUCGCGUCGACGCAGCCGGCGCCGGCCCGGCCUCGGCCGGACUUUUCGGAGGUCCCCAAGCGCCAAACGCGGCCGUCCAAGACGCCGCCGCCGCAGCACCGAGUCCGUCAGGGGCCGCACGCGUCUCCGGUUCCGCGAUCGCGGAAGACCGUGGGGUCCCUGUACGACCUCGUCGUGUACCUCGCUGAGGCCCUGUUCUGUGUGGCGCCGUGGCUCCUGAGACUCUUACGUGCAUUGGCACCGCUCUUACGCCGCUCGGUGCAGGGGGCGACGGAACGGUACCUUGGCGGGAAGCUGGAGCAGGCCCUUGCGCCGGGGCGUGUGGUGUUACUCAUCGAGCUCUUGGGGGAGGCGGUGCUUGGGGAGGACACGCUGGAGCGGACGCCGGAGCAGAAGAGUGCCAGAGCGGUCAGACUUCACGAGGAGAUGGGCCGCUUCCUUCCAGAUCCCCUGGUGCGGCUCAUCGGCACCAGGCGGCACGCUGUCGCGGUGGACGCUCUGUUUCGGGGCCUGCAACAGCGGCUACUCAACAAGCAGCUAUCGUACGUGCUCCUGGACCUUGCGGUCGAAGAGGUGUUUCCCGAGAUGGGGAACGGGGUGGCUUGAGGCGCCAUUUUGUUGCCGGGAGGCAGUCUUCGGCAUCUCUCUAGUCAGGCUCAUUGCUUUUUUUUAAAUUUCUUUUGCCACGCAGGAUAUCAGUAGCUCUCUAUCAUGUCACUCACAGUUGCCUCGAUACAAGGCUUGUCCCUUAGCAAAGCACUCGAAGAACAUUAGCGCUUGAUGGCACUCAGUGCUUACGUAGACUCAACAUUCCAGGCAGAAUUUUUGUUUCUAGGCUGCUGACAAAAACAUGCCCAAUUUGCUAGGCAGUGCACUGAACUUGAGGGUUCCUGUUUUGUACUUCGCAUGUCGUGACAACAUUUCUGUGAUAGAUGGUUGAGAGGUACCAUAACCUGCAAAUGACUCAGAUUAUCUCAUUCCACCCCUACCGGAAAAGUAGGCUGGACGUUCCUCAAUGUUGUGCUCUGAGUUAUCCAUACCCUAUACCUAGUGUGUUACUUUGAAAAGAAAAUGUUUAAUUCACUGUUGUGGUGCAAAACAAAAAAAAAAAAAAAAAAUUUGAAGAGCAAGUUGUCAGCUUCUUGCGCAAGAGUUGCGGUGACGUCUGAAUGGCGCCGAGCUCCAAUUGAAAGGAUAGUGAGCAGAGAGCAGACUUCAAUGCUAGAUGCCUUAAGGUCACCCACUGUUUUUUUUUAAUCGGUCAAUAAGAGCUCGGCAUUCUGACGUCAUCGAAACCCCUUCGCGAGAAGCAGACAAACUUGCGCUCCGCAUAGACUUUCUGCGCCGAUCUGGCAGAGCUCAACAUAUCUCGACAAGAGCAUGCUACCACGUAAAUGUGCGAGGUGGCAUAAAAUUCCGUUGAGUGGAACUCUGGAUAUCUAUAACUUUGGAAAGGUUCACUCAAUUGCCUGUAGAACUGUCAUGAGAGCCCUCUCAGAUUAGUGGAAUUUCUGUCAAAUGAAAUGAUUGUGUACUAGAAGACCAAAUUUUGAGGUUCCUUUGUAACUAGAGGCAACACACACCCCACUUGAAGCUUUGCCUAUAUUUCACUCUCACCUAUGUACGACAUAAUUGCACACAAAACAAGAGAAUGGGCUUAUAUUUACCAAAUUGCAGCCGCAUAGUGUACAUUGUAGUAGAAAAAAUGUUUUCUUUCUGAUUAGCCUGAACUCUCUCAAGGAUAAAAAGAUCAAGAACUUUUUAUCCCAGAUACCCGACAACAUUCUCUUUAUUAUUAUGCUAGUUGGCUUGGGAUGAGCAACUUGGAGUUCUGUAACUAGCCCACAAAGUGAUACUUGUUAGUGAUACUAGGCAAUUGCAGCUCUUCGGUGCAUACAUACGUGCAUAGUGCAUCUGGUCAAAAGCAUGUUGGGCCUCAUCCUAACCAGUCUCGUCACCGAGGGCCAAGAGCUGCUUUGGGACUGGGCAACGACCAACGACAGGGGCUUGUCACGAUUGCGUGGAGGAACGGAAAUGUUUUCUCUCGGUGUCGCUUCUCCCAAACUAUGAUGGGCACCAAAAUAAAACCAUCUAGAAUUGAA